GUCGGAACGUUCCGAAGAUGACGUCGGAGCGUUCUCGAAUCCCGUGUCUCUCGGCUGCUGCUGCCGAAGGAACAGGGAAAAAGCAACAAGAAGGAACAGCAAUGGCGACACUGCACCGCAAAGUGCCCAGUCCGGAGGCGUUUCUGGGCAAACCCUGGUCCUCCUGGAUCGACGCCGCCAAAUUACACUGCUCCGACAAUGUAGAUUUAGAAGAGGCUGGAAAAGAGGGUGGCAAAAGCAGGGAGGUUAUGAGGCUUAAUAAAGAAGAUAUGCACCUAUUUGGCCAUUAUCCAGCGCAUGACGACUUCUAUCUGGUCGUGUGCAGUGCCUGCAAUCAGGUCGUCAAGCCACAGGUCUUCCAGUCGCACUGCGAGAGAAGACACAGUUCAAUGUGCAGGCCUUCUCCCUCUCCAGCGUCUCCAGCCUCCAAUUCCCGGACAACACUAGCACAGGCAAAGACAAAAGCCUGUCUCAGCGGCCAUAACGCUGUCAGCAGCACCUCAAAGCCAUUUAAAACGCCCAAAGACAAUCUAUUUACCUCCAGCAGCACACAGCACACAGUCUUCUCUGCAAAGGGACCAAGGGAUAAACCAUGCGUUCCAGUUCCCGUAGUCAGUUUAGAGAAAAUUCCUAACCUAGUGAAGGCAGAUGGUGCCAAUGUCAAAAUGAACUCUACAACCACUACUGCAGCCACUUCCUCCUCCUCUGCCGUCUCCACCCCACCUUUAAUUAAGCCCACCUUGAUGUCCAAGUCAGUGCCACCUUCACCAGAGAAGAUCUUAAAUGGCAAGGGGAUUCUGUCAGCCACCAUAGACAAGAAGCACCCAAAUGGCACCAAAAACAGCAACAAGCCUUACCGGAGACUUUCAGAGAGAGAAUUUGACCCAAAUAAACACUGUGGAGUAUUGGAUCCCGAGACAAAGAAACCUUGCACAAGAUCCCUCACCUGCAAGACACACUCGCUGAGCCAUCGGAGAGCUGUCCCAGGCCGGAAAAAGCAAUUUGACCUCCUCCUGGCGGAGCACAAAGCCAAGUCGCGGGAGAAAGAAGCGAAAGAGCACCUUCUGACUUCCGCUAAGGAGAUACUUCCGAACCCGCCUGGACCCACUCCUGACGCUCUGCAAGGAUCUUCCGGGAGCACGGUGGCAGAGCCAAAAGUAGCAUCCCCACCAAAAUCCAGGCCACUCAACUCUGUACUUCCCAGACCAUCAUCUGCAAAUAGCAUAAGCAGCAGUACAUCUUCAAACCACAGCGGCUACACUCCAGAGCCCCCUCUCCCCCCAGCUGGAGGCGACCUUGCCAGCCGACUGUCCAGUGAUGAAGGGGAGAUGGACGGAGCCGACGAAUCUGAGAAGCUCGACUGUCAGUUCUCCACGCACCACCCCAGACCUCUUGCGUUCUGCUCAUUCGGGAGUCGCCUCAUGGGACGCGGAUACUAUGUGUUUGAUAGGCGAUGGGACCGAUUUCGCUUCGCACUGAACUCCAUGGUAGAAAAACACUUGAACUCGCAGAUGUGGAAGAAGAUCCCUCCUGCGGCAGAUAGCCCCAUGCCCUCGCCAGCAGCCCACAUCACCACCCCCGUUCCAGCAUCCGUUUUGCAGCCUUUCAGCAACCCCAGUGCUGUGUAUCUUCCUUCAGCUCCCAUCAGCUCGAGACUCACCUCUUCUUACAUAAUGACAUCAGCCAUGCUCUCAGACGCAGCUUUUGUGGCAUCGCCGGACCCACGCGUCCUCAUGUCCCACACCACAGCUUUCCCCCAUGUGGCUGCAACCCUCAGCAUCAUGGACUCAACCUUCAAGGCCCCAUCCGCCGUGUCCCCGAUACCAGCUGUCAUUCCUUCCCCAUCCCACAAGCCAUCCAAAACCAAAACCAGCAAAUCCUCAAAAGUGAAAGACCUGUCCGCUCGUAGCGACGAAUCUCCAAGUAACAAAAAGAGGAAGCCGCAGUCCUCGACUCCCUCCCCCUCCUUAUCCUUGCAGGCUUCCCUCUCCUCCCCAUUGUCAUCAGGGCCCCACAAAAAGAACUGCGUUCUGAAUGCCAGUUCCGCUUUGAACUCCUAUCAGGCAGCCCCUCCCUAUAACAGUCUGUCUGUGCACAACUCAAAUAACGGGGUAAGCCCACUCAGUGCCAAGCUGGAGCCCUCAGGACGGACCUCACUGCCCAGCGGCCCCAUGGACAUAGUGAGACAGGUGGGCGCUGUGGGUGGCAGCAGUGGCUCCUGUCCCCUCUCCGUGCCCUCCCUCGCACUCCAUGCAGGGGACCUCUCUCUGGCCUCACACAAUGCUGUGUCUUCUCUGCCCCUCUCUUUUGACAAAUCAGAAGGAAAAAAGCGUAAGAAUUCAAGUUCCAGUAGCAAAGCCUGUAAGAUCACUAAAAUGCCUGGUAUGAAUAGCGUUCACAAAAAGAACCCACCCAGCCUUCUUGCACCGGUGCCCGAUCCCGUUAACAGCACCUCCUCUCGGCAGGUAAGGGAGCUCCUGGCACUGCCUUCAUUGGCUCUGGGGGGCAGGGGGAGCUGGGCAGCGCCCUUGCUUGGCCAGGUGGCUCAGACAGGUAACACAAGUGUGACUCCUUUUCCCGGGUUCCCCGUAGGCUCCGAGAGUUCUUGGUAGGACUUUGCUAGUCCCGAUGCUAAGCACUUUACAGUAAUCACAUCCUUCCGUCCUCAAAACAACCCAGCACAGGGCGGUACAAAAUGGCCGCCACUUAACAGCUGGGUAAACCGAGGCACAAAGAGUCUCUGAGUUCCCCCAUUCCUUUUGUCUGUUUUCAUAUCUUGAGGUUUUAUACGAGGCCUACUUCAUUAAAGAGUUCUGUUGCUAA